GAAACUCCACUACACUACAAUACGCAUACCUGGAUUAGAUAUAGAUGAAAGCAUUUAAGACACGAAAUCGUUCAUGGAGUUUCGCUCAAUUCUAGAAGUCCCAUCAUGCCAGCUGCUCUCUCCCUUCACUCUUCUCUUCUUCCUGCUACACACAGACACAGCUUAGCACUCUUUUUGUCUCACUUUUUCUUUCUCCUCCCUCAUGAAAUAUUUCCUAGUUUCACUUUCACUUAAAUUUUAGUUUUUACAACAACCCAGAACCCAUAAUGUCUGAUUAUUCCUUCUUGAACAAUCAGCUCUCCAAGAGAACCUCCAUUUUCGGCUUACGUCUAUGGGUUGUUCUUGGCAUAUGUGUUGGAGCUGCUAUUGUUCUUGUACUCUUCCUAAUAUCUCUUUGGUUCACUUCAAAACGCAACAACAAUAAUUCUAAACGACACAAUAAAUCAUUCUCUCUUAACAACAGCAACCCAACCAUUCCAAACAUUUGUAAGGAAAUCCAAGAAAUCCGAAUCGACCCUGACCCCAAACCGCCUAACCCUGACCCGUUACCGGAGCCCGACCCAAUUUUGCUCGAAGAAAGCCCUGUCAAUGGCCGCAAUAGAAUUCACGUCGAAAUCGGGAAAGAUCACCGGAUUUCUUAUCCGGAACGUGUAGGCGGGUCGUAUCACGGGUCGGGCCAGGUCCGGUCUGGUGAUCAGGCACCGGCGGUAAUUGCGCCUGAGGUCUCGCAUUUGGGGUGGGGCCAUUGGUAUACUUUGAGAGAGCUUGAGGUGUCCACUAAUUGUUUCGCUGACGAGAACGUGAUUGGUGAAGGUGGCUAUGGAAUUGUUUACCGUGGCGUGUUAGAGGAUAACACCAAGGUUGCUGUAAAAAAUUUGCUUAACAACAGGGGACAGGCUGAGAAGGAGUUUAAGGUUGAAGUGGAAGCAAUUGGACGUGUGCGGCAUAAGAAUUUGGUGAGGCUGCUAGGAUAUUGUGCUGAAGGAGCUCAUAGGAUGCUUGUAUAUGAAUAUGUUGACAAUGGGAACUUAGAACAAUGGCUUCAUGGAGAUGUUGGGCCAUACAGUCCUCUUACAUGGGAGAUUCGGAUGAAUAUAAUACUUGGAACAGCUAAAGGGCUAACGUACCUGCACGAGGGCCUUGAACCAAAAGUUGUUCAUCGUGAUAUUAAGUCCAGCAACAUUUUGCUUGAUAAGCAAUGGAAUCCGAAAGUUUCUGACUUUGGCCUAGCAAAGCUUUUAGGCUCAGAGAGGAGUUAUGUGACAACUCGUGUGAUGGGAACAUUUGGGUAUGUGGCACCAGAAUAUGCUAGCACUGGAAUGUUGAAUGAAAGAAGUGAUGUCUACAGUUUUGGAAUACUUAUUAUGGAAAUAAUUUCCGGGAGAAAUCCAGUGGAUUACAGCCGUCCUCCUGGAGAGGUGAAUCUAGUUGAGUGGCUUAAGACAAUGGUAACAAACCGGAAUGCAGAGGGUGUUUUGGACCCUAGGCUGCAAGAGAAGCCUUCUUCAAGGGCACUGAAGCGUGCACUUUUAGUAGCUUUACGCUGUGUGGAUCCAAAUGCUCAGAAGAGGCCAAAGAUGGGGCAUGUAAUACAUAUGCUCGAAGCUGAUGAGUUUCCCUUCCGAGAUGACUGUAGAGCUGGUAGGGAACAUGGGCGUCCACAGCGAGAUGUUAUGAGGGGUAGAUUGAUGGAGAAAGGUGUAAGUGAAUCAGGUGACAGUAGUGGGUAUGAAAGUAGUGUCCAAACCAAUAAGCCAUUGUGGAGAAAGCAAGAACCUGAAGAGCAGUAGCCAGUAGCCUUGCUACAUCCUAUGUAAGGUGAAUUGACACACAUUUGUUUGCCUUGUUCUCCAUAUUUACUCAUUUCACCCGUAUAUGUAAUUCAUAUCAUUAUCAGCUUGCGCUAUUUGUAGAUUUUGUAGCAUUCUCUGUCUUAACCUGUAUACCACAGACUUUGUAUUUGAUGCCUAAGUACUCUUUCUUGAUAAAUUGAUCAUCCGACUACCAUAGAGGAUGUGGUAUUACUGAAUUCCA